AUGAAAAUCUUCCUGUUGCUUCUUUGCUCCCUCGCCUUAUUCCGUGCGGAUCCAACUCGGAUGCAUCUGCAAUUUCACUGCGAAUAUAAUGUUGGAAAGUGGUGUGGAUGGCUGACUGUCUAUGAAGCUGACUGGCUCAAAAACGACGUUGUGAGACAAGAAGAAUUUUGCGAAACUGGAAUCACAAAGCAUUUUCACUAUGAGAUCAAUGGCGAUGGAGAUGGAUCACCGGAAUACGAAUGGAGCUAUCAACUCUACCACAACUGCUCAUCGGGAGGUCAACGGUUCUGCUUGGAGCCUAAGAACACUCAAGAUGUCCCAGUUAACGGAAUAUGGAGUGUCGAGUUUGAGGCGGACUUAUACAACGCUGGAUCCAAGACUCAAUGUUCCCUGAAUACUCCGGCUGCAGAAUUUAACUAUUGA